UUCAAAUAUGGGAUCUUGUUUUUGAGGGGGAUAAAGAUUUCUCAUUCGUCCUCGGGGAUUCAAAAUUCAAACGGCAAUUUCAGAUCGGAGAAGAAAAUGGAGAAGAUCUGUGUAGCAGUCCGGGUGAGGCCGCCGGCACCGGAAGUAUCACCGGAAAACGGAUCUUCUCUUUGGAAAGUCGAAGACAAUCGGAUCUCUCUUCACAAGUCUCUCGACACACCAAUCUCAACAGCCUCUUACGCUUUCGAUCAUGUGUUCGACGAAAGGUCUACGAAUGCCUGCGUCUACGAGCUUCUUACCAAGGAUAUCAUUCAUGCCGCCGUCGAGGGUUUCAAUGGUACUGCAUUUGCUUAUGGGCAAACUAGUAGUGGAAAGACGUUUACAAUGACGGGAUCUGAAACCGAUCCAGGAAUUAUUCGAAGAUCCGUGAGAGAUGUAUUUGAAAGAAUACAAAUGAUAUCCGAUCGAGAGUUUCUCAUCCGGGUUUCGUACAUGGAAAUUUACAACGAAGAAAUUAAUGAUCUUUUAGCUGUUGAGAACCAAAGACUUCAAAUUCAUGAGCAUUUGGAGCGUGGAGUGUUUGUUGCUGGGCUUAAGGAAGAAAUUGUUAGUGACGCUGAACAGAUUCUAAAACUUUUAGAUUCUGGAGAAGUUAAUAGACACUUUGGUGAGACAAACAUGAACGUUCACAGUAGCAGGUCUCACACCAUCUUCAGAAUGGUGAUUGAGAGCAGGGGAAAAGAAAACAGUUCUUCGGAUGCUAUCCGUGUCUCUGUCUUGAAUUUGGUUGACUUGGCUGGAUCUGAGAGAAUUGCUAAAACUGGUGCUGGUGGAGUACGCUUGACAGAAGGGAAGUACAUCAAUAAGAGCUUAAUGAUCCUUGGUAAUGUCAUCAAUAAACUAAGUGAGAGUGCAAAGCAAAGGGCACAUAUUCCAUACCGAGAUAGUAAGCUGACUCGAAUUCUUCAGCCUGCGCUUGGUGGUAAUGCGAAGACCUGCAUUAUAUGCACCAUCGCACCAGAAGAGUAUCAUAUUGAGGAAUCAAAAGGAACUCUACAGUUUGCAAGCAGAGCCAAGCGUAUCACCAACUGUGCUCAAGUGAAUGAGAUCUUGACUGAUGCUGCCUUAUUGAAGCGCCAAAAGUUAGAGAUAGAAGAGCUACGUAUGAAGCUUCAGGGAUCUCAUGCUGAAGUGUUGGAACAAGAGAUAUUAAAGUUAAGCAAUCAGAUGCUUAAGUAUGAGUUAGAAUGUGAAAGGCUAAAAACACAACUGGAAGAAGAGAGAAGGAAACAGAAGGAGCAGGAACAAUGCAUCAAAGAGCAACAGUUGAAAAUUGAAAACUUAAACAAUCUUGUCACUAAUUCAGACUUCAAGAGGAAGCAGUCAGAGGACUAUAUCAGUUUAAGAAAGACUCCAGAUGGGCUAUGCAAUGUCAAUGAUAGCAGCGAUGUUCUUGGGACUCCUUGCUUUAAAUCAGCUUCACAUUCCUUUGUGGUUUCUCGGUCAAAUUAUUCACUGUCUGAUUUUAGUCCAAUGGUUGAUUCCCUGGGCAACGUCGCCGAUGAAGACACUUGGACGAAACUAAACAAGGGUUUUGUCGCAGACCUUGACAGCCUCCAGUUUACACCUGCUAUGAAAAGUCAACCUACUACAUUAACUAUGUCGACCACGGAAUGCUCGCGUGAAGUUCACAAAGAGGUGGAAGAUCUCAAAAGUCAGAUUGAGUUGCUGACCAAUGAGAAGGACAGUGUUCAGGAAUGCAAGGUUGAGAAUCACAAAGAGGUGGAAGAUCUCAAAAAUCAAAUUGAUUUUCUUACCACUGAGAAGGACAAUCUGCAGGUAAAAUUCGACGAACAAGUACUUGUAAACAACAAACUGAUGGAAGAGAUUUCUGAGCUCAAACAAGAAAUGCUUCCCAUGAGAGAAAUUCCAAAACGAUUGUCUGAGUCAGUUGCUAAUUGCAAUGAUGUCUUCAAGGAUGUCAUAGUCACAAUGAAGAGCUUAAUGGCUGAGAAAGAAUCUCCAACAGCAAAGGUUCUCUUUGGUACAACAGACAUCACAACGAGCCUUCUGUUAACACUAGAAACACAAUUCUCAAUGAUAAUGGAUGGUCAGAAAGCGGGUAGCGUAAAUCAAUGGGACACACUUCGUGUGAAUCUGAAGAACACAACCACAACCUUGGUCUCAGACGCACAAGCAAAAGACGAAAUUCUUAACUGCCACAACAAGGGACAAGAAACGACGGCUGCUUUGGAGGAGCAACUAAAGUCUGAGCUAAGCAUCAUCAAGGAAAGGUAUAAGGAGCUGGAGAAAGAGUUGAGUUUGGAUAAAGAGCUUCUUGGAGCUUCAAGAGAAAGCCAUGAGAGGUUAGAAAAGGAAGUGAACUUCCUGAAGGAAGAAAGAGAUUCAUUAGAUGUAGCAGUCUCUCGAUCAACUCAGAGAUUGAGAGUGAUUGCGAAUGAUAAAGAGAAUGCUUUGAAAGAUCUAAAUGUGGAAGUGAAGAGAAGGAAAGAGAUGGAGGAAGAGAUUAAGCAAAUCAGCUUUGCUUUUGCUAGCAGGCAGAAGUCUCUUAUGUCUUUUCACAAUGAAAUUAAAUCCAAAAUGCAGAAACUAACCACUCAAAAUCCAAAAUCUCAGUAGCAGAAACAGCUCUCUUUGUGUGUUAAUGUUUAUGCCAUUGUUACAAUUAAAUUAUGUAUUUCAUUGAUAAACAAUAUGUAAUGGUUAUGAGCUUUAUGUGCAAGUGAAACAACUCGUUCAAUCUGGAU